CAAAACAUGGUGCUAUCAAAAAAGUUCAGGGGGGUGAGGCAGCGACGUUGGGGUUCUUGGGUUUCUGAAAUUAGACAUCCUUUAUUGAAGAGGAGGGUAUGGCUAGGAACUUUUGAAACAGCAGAAGAGGCAGCAAGAGUCUAUGAUCAAGCUGCAAUCUUGAUGAGUGGCCGUAAUGCGAAAACUAACUUUCCCAUGCCUCAAACUUCGAAUGAAGAUGACCCAAAAUCAAGUGAUCAACCUUCACUCACAACACCACCAAAUGGUUUGUCCCAGAUCCUCCAUGCCAAGCUAAGAAAGUGCAGCAAGGCGCCAUCACCAUCAAUGACUUGUUUGAGGCUUGACGCUGAGAAUUCCAUUGGGAUUUGGAAAAAGAGUGCUGGUCAGCGGUCUGACUCAAAUUGGGUCAUGACAGUGCAGCUUGGAAAGAGAGAUGAGAGCCAAGUUUCUGAGAGUGCAUUGCCAUUGCCUGAUCAGUCUCCAGGAGGGACAUCAGGACCAGAACGGAGAGAAGAAAUGGAUGAAGAAGAGAGAGUGGCACUGCAAAUGAUUGAAGAGCUUCUUAACAGGAAUUGUCCUAGCCGUGCUUUUGGGGUUCAAGAUCAUGAAGAUGGCAGCUUUUUUCUUUAGCUAUCUAUGGUCUUUAUGAUCAUGGGAUUUCUGUGAGUUUGUGUGCUUGGUUUAAGGAAGUGAUCAAGUGUGUGUAGGAUUGCAUGUGACAUUACUAUUCUAUAUAAUUUGUCUAUUUUAAUCAGUAUAACCCUAAUAAUUACACAUAUAUAAAUAUUUAUGUGUCAGAUUACGAAAGGGUGGAGAACCAG